AUUGGUGAACAAAUUAGUAGACGUACGGCCGGUAAACGCUAAAGAACGCAGUGGUGGCUGAGUGGUUCAUUCAGUGGCUGAACAGGAUUAAGAUUAGCUGUUCCAUUGAGUGGCAAGUGGCAAGUGGCAAAUGUCAAGUGCAACAGUUGCAACAACGACAAGCAGCAUGAAGAACAGUGAAAACACCAACAUGAACUCCAAAUAUGAGAACAUGAAGAUCAUAUACAAUCGCAGUAAAAUCGGUUGGUAUUGGGCACCUCUCUUUGUGGCCUUCUGGUUUCUGCUCUACUAUUUGGUUGUGAUGCCCAGUUUCCAUCGCAUGCCACCUCUGAAAACUCUGCAGGAUGAGCAACAGGAACCAGGUCAAUUUAUUGGAGAGCGUGCGGAGAGCACACUACUAAAGUUGACAAAGAUCGGGCCCAAAGUUGUGGGCAGUGCGGCCAAUGAACAAGUCGCUGUCCAGUUGCUGCUUGGAGAGAUCAGCGACAUCAUUGACGGCGCUCGCACAGAUCUCUUUGACAUUCAGAAGGAUGUGCAAAUUGCCUCUGGCAAUUAUCUGCUCUGGUCCAUGGUGAAUGUGUAUCAGAGUGUCCAGAAUGUGGUCGUCAAAGUCUCUCCCAAAAAUGCGACCAGUGAGGCAUCUCUGCUGAUCAACAGUCACUUUGACUCCGUUCCAGGCAGCUCUGGUGCCGGAGAUUCGGGUAUGAUGUGUGUCAUCAUGCUGGAAGUUCUGCGUGUGAUCACCAAGUAUGAGACGCCUCUCAGUUACUCGUUGGUCUUUCUAUUUAAUGGCGCCGAGGAGAAUCCCCUACAAGGCUCACAUGCAUUCAUAACUCAACAUCCCUGGGCAAAGAAUGUGCGGGCUGUAGUCAAUUUGGAUUCAGCUGGCAGUGGCGGACGCGAGAUUCUCUUUCAGUCUGGUCCCGAUCAUCCUUGGCUAAUGAAGUACUAUGGAAAAAACGUCGCUCAUCCAUUUGCCUCAACAAUUGGCGAGGAACUGUUCCAAAAUGGCUUUAUUCCCUCGGAAACAGAUUAUCGCAUAUUCCGCGACUUUGGAAAAAUACCUGGUCUCGAUAUGGCUCAGGUAUUGAAUGGUUAUGUCUAUCACACAAAGUACGAUCGUUUCAAUAUAAUACCAAGACGUACUUAUCAAUUGACUGGCGAUAACCUUCUGAGCUUGAUCAAAGCUUUGGGUAAUGCUCCCGAACUGGAAGAUCCUGCAAAAUAUGCCGAGGGUCAUAUGAUAUUCUUCGAUGUGCUGGGCUGGUUCUUCAUCUAUUAUCCAGAGGAUGUCGGUGUUAUUAUCAACAGCUGCGUCUGUGUCUUGGUCCUUAUUACGAUCGUGGUCUAUAUCUGGAGUAUGGCCAGCAAUACGGGAAUGUUCAGGCGUCGCAUCUUUGCCAAGUUUGGCAUCUUGGCCGCACUUCAGUUGUGUGGCGUUUGCUUGAGUCUUGGCCUGGUCAUUGCUAUAGCCUUUUUCCUGGAUGGUGUUGGUCUGUCCAUGUCCUGGUUCUCACAGACUUGGAUGAUCUUUGGCUUGUACUUCUGCCCCAUGUUCUUUGGCCUUGGCAUUCUGCCCGCUAUCUACUUCAGCCGCACCAAGGAGCAUGGUUUACCACUUGGUUAUGGCAUUCAACUGCUAAUGCACUCACACUGUUUAAUUCUGACUGUGAUCACAAUUCUGAUGAUAUGCUUUAAUAUACGCUCCGCCUUUAUUUUGCUCAUUUGCAUUGGUUUCUACACGAUUUCAGUUCUCAUCAAUAUGGCCACAUGUGCCCACAAAUCCAAUUUCUUGUGGCUAAUACCGCAUUGUAUCUGCCAAAUUCUGCCCUUCAUGUUUUACGCCUACUGUUGCUAUGCCUUCUAUGUUGUAUUUGCUCCGAUGCAGGGACGGGAAAGUGCCUCGAAUCCAGAAUUACUGAUUGGAGGAUAUACGGCAUUAUUCUGUUUACUGUUGGCUCCUUUCCUGGUGCCCUUACUCUGUCUGUUCCGCAAAUCCAAGACCAUCAUCUCACUCUUCGGCGUCUGCACGCUGAUCUUCAUUAUCUUGGCUGCCACACCUGUUGGCUUUCCCUAUGUGGAGAAGACUGCGGUUCAACGAUUCUUCUCUGUGCACACGACACGCACCUUCCACAAUGGCGAUGCUGCCAACUCAGUAAACCACACAGACUCGGGAUACUACGUAAUGCCCGUCGACAGGCAUCCCAAAUCACUGGAUAGCAUUCUCUUUGAGAAUACAGAAUAUACCAAAGCCAAUCGUAGUGAUUGUGAUACGGAAAUCAUGUGUGGAUUCCCCAUUUACAGCACGCGUUGGGUAAAGGCUGUACCUAAUGGAUAUUGGAUACCUGGUCCUGAGCCAAACAAAGACUAUCUUCCCAGCCUGAGAAUUAUUAGCAAAGAAAGCACUUCGGAUACGAAUGUUAUGUUUACAUUAGAGGUUUCUGGGCCGGAUCACACAAGCAUAUUUAUUGAGCCCAUGAAAGAUGCCAAGCUGGUGGAUUGGACCUUCACCAAGGAGCCUUUAGAGAAGAACUUGCCUCCGCCCCACUACAUUUACUGGUCCUAUGCAUUAGAUCCAACACCUCUACGCUUUAAUUUGGAAUUUGAGCGUGACAAUGCCGAGUGGUCGGGAUCAACAUUCAGGAUCGCCAUAAUGGGACACAGAAUACACGACGACAUGUUUAUAGAGGAGGAUUACAGGGAGCUACUAGCCAAGUUCCCGCCUUGGGCGCAUGUGAAUUCAUGGAUUGGUUCCUACACCAGCUGGCAGCUCUAAGAGCAGCUGAAAUGUUUAACAUUUGAUAUUACAACUCACUUCCCAGUAUCCACUACCCACUACCCACUACUCAUUAUUCACUACUCAGUACUCAUAUUUUCUAUGAUUGCCAUGAUGUUUAAACUGUUGUUAAGUUUUUGAAUUCAUCAUACUCAGAGCUGAAAUUUAUAUCCAACGAACAAAGUGUUUUAAACCACGACACGUAUUGUAUUUAAAUUAAAGAACUAGAAUUUAACUUGAACAAUUGCAAAAGUCCAAAACUAAAUUACAUUAAA